AUGAAGUCCCUUUUUACCACCUUUACAUUCGUCACUGCGGCGCUGGCCGCUAGCCGCACUAGCGCUCCCUCCCGUGACUGUCUGGUCGUCAAGAAGGUCCCCGGAAGCGGCCAGUUUGGCACCAUUCAGCAGGCCGUUGACGCUCUCUCGGUCAACGCCACAGGCAGCCAGUGCAUUUUCAUCGAUCAGGGCGUCUACCCUGAGCAGGUCCUUGUCCCUAAGCGGGAGGCUCAGCUCAGCAUCUAUGGUUACACAAAGGACACGAAAAGUUACGCUUCAAACGGCGUCACCAUUACGGCAGGGAAGAGUCAGAAGGACGGCCUGAACAACGACCAAACCGGCACACUCCGCAUCAAGGCGAAGGACUUCAAGCUCUACAACGUUAAUGUCGCAAACACUUUCGGCCAGGGUAGCCAGGCUGUCGCCCUGAGCGCCUAUUCCGACAGCGGAUUCUACGGCUGCCAGUUCACUGGAUUCCAGGACACUCUCCUCAGCCAGAAGGGCAACCAGCUGUACUCGAAGUCUCUCAUUGAGGGCGCCACCGACUUCAUCUUUGGCCAGUAUGCCAACGCUUGGUUCGAGCAGUGCGACAUUCGUGUUGUUACUGCCAAGAUUGGCUACAUCACCGCUCACGGCCGCCCCAACGCGACUGUUCAGUCCGAAUAUGUCCUGAACGACUGCAACAUCGCUGCUGCUUCCAACAGCUCCGUUCCCGACGGCACCUACUACCUUGGUCGCCCCUGGGGGAAAUUCGCCCAAGUCGUCUUCCAGAAGUCCAACAUGAGCAGUGUCAUUAACUCUGCUGGCUGGACGAUCUGGAACAAGGGCGACAACCGCACUGACAACGUCCUCUUUGGAGAAUACAAGAACAUCGGCAUGGGCUCCCUGGGAUCUCGCGCCGGUUUCUCCAAGCAGCUUGACUCCGCUGUCGCCGUCAAGGAUGUUCUGGGCAACAACUACAAGAAGGCCGGCUACUACGAUGGCUCCUACAUGUAA